AUGAUGCGCAAUUCUGAACGUGGUUCCAGUUUUCCAAGUCAUGGUGGGUUGCUACAUCCCAACCUCGAAGCCCCUGUUCAAGUUGUUGAUAGCGAGUGUCGCCAGUGUGUAGGUCUGAUUGAUGGGCAUAUGGAGGAGGGAUGCUUGGGAAUUCAAUUAUUCGAGUUAUCUUUGUAUCAAGAGUAUUUGAUUGAGAACUUAACUGGAAACGAGGGAUGGUCAUGUUCAUGUAUUUUGACAAAUGAUGAGUUAGGAAAUGAGACAGUUUCUGUCAUAUUGUUUAGGAUAAUUUCAUUAUGA